AUGAGUUUAUCAGAAUUCAUAGGUGAUGUAAGAGAUGCUCUCAAGAAACAUAAUGCAGCUGCUUUAUGUAAAUUCUUAGAGAUUAAUCCUCAAGAUAAUAAGGGCCCCUUGAUAGCGAGGUUCAAUGACCCGAAUGAUUUUGAUUUAUACGAAAUCGAUGAGAGGUUCAGAAAUGUUAUUAAGAGCUAUAUCAAAUUAAUGAAAUCGAUAUACUUGGUUAACGAUAUUAAGAAAAGUUUCGAGGAUUACAAUGAAAUGGUUAUUCAAUUGAAUAGGUAUGCAGAAUUGCAAACAAACUGGAUAAAUUUAACCUUGAUGAAAUGCUGUAAGGAAUUAAUCGGUAUCUAUUCUGUGAUGGAAAAGUCAUUCCCUGAAGAAAUCAAAAAUAACAACCAGUCUAAUGAAAUUUUCACCGACAGAAAACAGAGUGCUCUAGAAAUAUUGGCCAACACCAUCAACAAAUCAUUCAAAUUGUCACUCAACGAUAAAAAUCUUGAUUUAUCACAAAGUAAAAGGAUCGAUAUCUAUUUCUUUUUGAGUAUAUUAAUCAAAAUUUACUUCAAGUUGGGAAAUAUUGAGUUGGCUAAAUCAAUUGAGAAAGCUUUAAAAGGUACAAGGUUCGAAUUACCAGCUUUUAAUAAGAAAUUAAAAGACAAAGCAUCAGCAAUAACUUAUUUAUAUUAUAGUUCUAUCUUAUCAUUAGAGGAUUCAGAUUUCAAAUCCAGUCAAUCAAAACUUGAAAGUGCACUUAAUUUAUUAUCAUAUUACCAAGAUAUUUCAAGAGUUAAGAAAAACCAUCAAAAAAUAUUGAUUCUAUUGUUACCUUUAAAGUUAUACAAUGACAAGAAGAUACCAAAAGAUAUCAUUUGGAAACAGUUCCCCACUCUCAAAUAUUUGUACAAGGAUAAUUUAUUCGAAUUCAUAUUAAAGGGGCAAAUCUUCCAAUUAAACAACUUCAUCAUCAAAGUUCAAGCAUUCUUGUUGAAAUCUAAUCUUUACCUUUUAUUUGAAAAUCUCAAAAGAUUGUGUAUGAUAUCGUUGAUCAAGAAAACUGUCCAUAUUCAUCAAUCCUUGAAUGAGGACACUAAGACUAACCACAUAAUACCUUUCAGUGCUUUCAAUGUGACAAUUACCUAUUCAACUCAUGGGAAAUCUCAAAAAGAUUAUACAGAGAAUUUCGAUGAGAUUGAAUGUAUCCUAGCUUCAUUGAUAGCUGAUGGUUUCAUAAAAGGUUAUUUGUCUCAUAGCAAUAAGUGUAUUGUCUUGUCAAAGACAGUUCCUUUCCCCUAG